AAAUCUCUCUGCCGUCUUCCCUAACGGCAAUGGCACCACGAGAAAAUCUCUCUGUCGUCUUCCCUAACGGCAAAGGUACCAUGAACGGCACUUUCCAUUUCCGGUUCGCGGUGAUUUUUCAGAGAUUUCUUCUCCCCUCGUUUCUAAUUUCAAAUUCUUUCCAUUUACAGAUGGAUUUCAUCAAAGCGAAAGAAAAAGAGGGGUUUUUUCUUUUGAAGAUCGGAGGCCCUCUUUCCCCAAUCUCUCACAAUCCCUCUUGCCCAUUUUCCCUCAGGCAGCUGAUAGCCGAUUUCUGCUAUUUCUUCCAUUCAUCCAUCGAAGAUCCACCCUACCUCACAGGUGUCUAUCCUUUUCAUUUGACAGGUUCUUCAAAAGCAUAUUGUGCUUAACAUGGAUGAGUCAGUUCAAUCAAAAAACUAUGAUUACAACACCAGAUGUACCCCAUCAAAAUUUUUUGAUUUUAUCAAUCAAAUUAAUUUAAAAGAUGAACAUAAAAAAGUAAUUUCAACCACUCCUUUUAAGGAUUUUUGCGUUUUCCAAGGUUAGCAGUUCAACGCACAUUUUUAAAUAUUAUUAUACAUAGAUGGGAUAACGAAACUAAAAGUUUCAUCGUUGGAGGAAAUAAGCUAUUUAUUAAACCCCAAGACAUUGCUUUGAUAUUGGGGUUGAGUAUGAAUAGAGAGUCUUUAGAUAUGAAGAAGAAAUUAGAUGUUUGCGAUGAAAAUUUUAAAAACAAAUAUUUUCCGAACGCUCUUAUAUUGAGAAAUUUGAUUGAGGAGAAUAUUAAGAGGUGGAUGGAAAAAACUUUGGAUGAAUGUUUAGCCGACUUUACUAAACUCUUUAUUUUGUAUAUAUUUAAUACAAUUUUAUUUCCAACUUCAAAUCAUGCCACACCAAAAAUCUUGUUACACUAUGUGAAUAACUUGGAAAAGUUGAAUAGUUAUGAUUGGGAUACUGCUGUUUAUGAGUUCUUGGUUAAAAGUAUUUCUAAAUGUGUGGAGGAGAAGAAGAGCUAUGUGAACGGAUGUGUCAUGAUAUUAGAACCAUGGUUACAAGAGCACAUUAUUUAUCAACUAAUGUUAACAACAAAAAUGGUAUAUCCACGUUUAUUGAAAUGGGUAGAAGGUAGUUACCAACAUGCUGACACACAUAAGAAAUAUAUUGAUAAUCUCAUCUACACUCAGGUUAUUGAAGAAAUAAAGCCUACAUAUGAAGAGAGAAAUCUACUAACUCCUCCUGUUAUAUCCAAGUAUACCGAAUUGAUGGCUAUUCGAGAAAAUAGUGGUGGGCAUAAUUUGUUAAAAUGCUACUUCUUCAACGCAUGGUUUCAUGUUUCACGUUUGAAGAUCCAUUUAUUAAAAAAUUGUGAAAUAGAAUGUGAUGGAUUUACUGUCUCUAUAGACCAAGAAUGCCCCCAACAACCAAAUUCGUUUGACUGUGGUGUCUACUUAAUGAAAUUUAUGGAAUGUCUUUCCCGAGGAGAUAUAUUUGAUUUCAACUCGGGGCCGAUGAAUUUUGAACAAAAAAAGUUGGUUGCACAACUGAUGCUGGGUAAAAUGAUUACACCACAGUAAUGUGAAAUGUAAAGGCUUGUCGGUUGAUGACAAUUCGCAAGGAGUAUAACGGCUAUAUGGAGCUCUUUCUGCUCAUAUGUGCUUGGGGAUGAUCUUCUCAAGAGUUUUUUUAUUUUUUUUAUUUUUUUUAAGGUCCAAUGAAUGCAAUUGUUGCAUGGUAGCCUGUUAAAAAUAACAGUUUAGAUUGUUCAAUUGGAGUAUCCAAGUUAUGGAUUGGAUCAUCCUAUC